CCAUGCCGAUGUACCAGGUAAAGCCUUAUCACGGGCGCGUCGCACUUCUCCAUGUGGAACUUCCCACCUGCAUGUACCGGCUCCCCAACGUGCAAGGCAUGAGCGGCGGCCCAGCGCCCUGCGUUGUCCACGUGCAGACGUACAUCCUGGGUUUCCAGCAGGAGAAACAGGCUUGUCGAUUCUGACACAAGAUGGGUGAAUCGCUCGAUCACCAUACCUACCCUGCAGUCCUCGUCUUCCUGGCCCCAUAGCUCCUCCUCUCCAAGCAUGUCUUCCCCACUGCAGAGAGCUGCGGGAGAUACCAAGAGGGCCUUGUCUGCAUCUUCUAGUUCCUCUGCCGGUCUACCCUUCGAUGACAGGGACUCAAACCAUACCUCAGAGGGGAAUACUGACUCUUUGUUAGCUGAUGAAGGCAGUGACUUUGAAGAUAGCUUCAAUCGCAAUGUGAAGAAGAAAGCAAAAGGACCACCGAAAACAACGCCGGUGGCAAACAUCCAAAGAAAGGUCCCGAGUGGCACAUCGUCAUAGCCAGAAACAGUCAGAGCCACCAGCCAAUGAUCUUUUCAAUGCUGUGAAAGCCACCAAAAGUGACAUGAAGUCUUUGGUAGAUGAGUGGCUGGAUAGCUACAAGCAAGACCAGGAUGCAGGAUUUCUGGAGCUUGUUAACUUUUUCAUCUGAUCUUGUGGAUGUAAAGGCACUGUGAGCCCUGAGGUGUUCAAGAAGAUGUCCAACUCAGAGAUCAUCCAGCACCUGACACAGCGUUUAAUGAGGUGGAAGAAGACGACCAGGAUCUUCUUACCCCUCUUAUUUCAAAACACAAUGCCUAUUAUCCCCUUCUUUUUGAUUCUGUGAAAUAAGGUAGCUUUUAGAAGGUGGAGUUCAGUCUCUUGGGGGUAAAAAGAGAUCUGAAUAUGCCUCUCAAACUGGGGAGACUACCAGGAAAUGAAGUAUAUCAGAGAUAUUUUUACUAGACUGUUGGGUUUUGACAUCCAAGCCCCUAUGACUUCAUGGACCUGGUCAUAACUUUCCCAUCCUUUUCAUACAUCCUUUUGUAGGACUCGGGGGACUAUCCUCUGACAGCUCCAAGUCCAUCCUGGAAGAAGUUCCAGGGCAGCUUCUGUGAGUUUGUGGGGACAUUGGUCUGUCGGUGCCAGUACAGCCUCCUCCAUGCUGGCUGCCCUGUGGACAGCCUCAUCUCCCUGCUCACUGGCCUCUCAGACUCACAAGUCCGCGCCUUCCGUCACACUAGCACCCUGGCUGCUGUGAAACUGAUGACCUCCCUGGUAAGGGUUGCCCUCCAGCUGAGUCUGCACCAAGAUAACAAUGAGCAUCAGUAUGAGGCUGAAAGAAACAAGGGGCCAGGGCAGAGGGCACCUGAGUGGCUGGAGAGCCUGUUGGAGAAACACAGAGGGGAAAGACCAUGUGAGAAGCCAGCAAGAAGGCGGCCAUCUGCAAGCCAAGGAGAGAGGCUUCAGGAGAAACCACCCCUGCCAACAUCUUGAUCUUGGACUUCCAGCCUCCAGAGCUGUGAGAAAAGAAAUUUCUGUUGUUUAAGCUACCUGGUCUGUGGUAUUUUGUUAUAGCAGCCUGAGCAAACUAAUACAGCAUCUCAAAGAUGCCUGUAACCCAACUCCAUUCCCACCCUAAGUCAGAGUGUUUAGCAGAGGGUUAGUAGUUGCCUCCAGAGCAUGAAGGGCUCUUCCUGACUCUUAACUGUGAGGAAUGCUUUGGGUUAAAAGAUUGUACUUUUCUGAGUUCAGCUGAAAGGUGGAGGGCUCAGUGAAGUGGCUCACAUCUGUAAUUCCAACACUUUGGGAGGCCGAGGUGGGAGCAUCACUUGAGCCCAGGAGGUUGAGAGCAGCUUAAGCAACAUAGUAAGACCCUGUUUCAAAACACACACAUGCACGCACGCACGCACGCACGCGUGCGCAGGUGUGGGGGCAUGUGCCUGCAGUUCCAGCUACUUGGGAGGCUGAGGUGGGUGGAUUGCUUGAGGCAAGGAGUUUGAGACAAGCCUGGUCAACAUAGUGACACCCCAUCAUCCCCCAAAAUCAUUUUUCUUUGUUUUGAGACACAGUCUCACUCUAUUGCCCAGGCUGCAGUGCAGUGGUGUGAUCUCACCUCCCUGCAACCUCCGCCUUCACGGACAGUGAAUGUCAGUAAACAUUCGGCAGAAAAGCUCUGCCAAAUUGAGUGCUCUGAUGUGACUUUUUUGUCAAGUCAGUGUUCCUGGGAUCUCUUGUACAUGAUAAUCUCACUCUUGUACAUGAUAAUCUCACUCCUGUAACGUUUCCUAGUUUCUGCUUGCCCUAGUUUUCUUUCCCAUCCUGAUCCCUCUCCCACCAGACUGGACUCUGAAAUGGGCAUGUACAGAGAAGAGGAGACCCCAACAUGCUUCAGGCUUUGAGUGGAGAGGACACAGCCUCUGCUGGGACAGGGAACAGAGGGAUGCGGAGACCCCGAAGAUGCUUUUGGACAAUGGUCUGAGGUUGGGACAGUGGCAGGAGAUACCAUUCAUUCACUCAGGAUCUCCAGAACAAGAGAUCAGCCUGGCAGUUACAUGUGUUUUUCUUCAAACUGGUUGCCAGGUUGGAAUGACCGAUGACAUCAGAGAUUCCGACCUUCCUGAUUGGAAGAACCGGACUCUGUCGGCGCCUGGAAGUUCAGGUGGACAACAGCAUCUUCUCAGAGCUGUUUUCCACUCCUGACUUCUCCAAGCCUCGAGAAUUGAUAACACACUCUUUUGGAUCCUAGCAGUGCCCACAAGAAGGCCAUGGACAGAACAGAGACUAGUUUCCAUGAGAGGGGACAGAUUAUGGGAAAGAUCACGGCCAGCCGUCAACCGCACCCCCAGGAUGAGCAGAGCCCCCAGCGGAGCACCUCGGGGUACCCCCUCCAGGAGGUGGUGGAUGAUGAAGUGUCGGGACCAUCAGCCCCUGGGGUAGAUCACAGCCCCCCAGGUAGGUCCUUUCGCUGGAAAAGGAAGAGGGAGUGGUCAGACGAAUCUGAGGAGUCAUUGGAGGAGGAGCCAAAGAAGGAGCUCGUCCCUGAGCCUGAGGAGACCUGGGUGGCGGAGACACUGUGUGGCCUCAAGAUGAAGCCGAAGAGACGGCGAGUGUCACUCGUGCUCCCUGAGCACCACGAGGCCUUCAACAGGCUGCUUGAGGAUCCUGUCGUUAAAAGAUUCCUGGCCUGGGACAAAGAUCUGAGGGUGUCAGACAAGUAUCUCCUGGCUAUGGUCAUAGCGUAUUUUAGCCGGGCCGGCCUCCUCUCCGGGCAAUACCAACGCAUCCAUUUCUUCCUGGCUCUCUAUCUGGCCAAUGACAUGGAGGAGGACGACGAGGCCCCCAAAGAAAACAUCUUUUACUUCCUGUACGGGAAGACCCGCUCUCACAUACCCUUGCUCCGUAAGCGUCGGUUCCGGUUAUGCCGUUCCAUGAACUGGAGGGCCAGGAAGAACCGCUCUCCGAUAGCCUUGUUCCAGAAGCUUCGGUUCCAGUUCUUCUGUUCCAUGCGCUGCAGGGCUUGGGUUUCCCCGGAGGAGUUGGAGGAGAUCCAGGCUUAUGACCCAGAGCACUGGGUAUGGGCGCGAGAUCGCGCCCGCCUUUCCUAGAGCUCCAGGGACCGUGGAGGCCUGAGGUCAUCGGCCUGAGAGAAGAACACCGGGCCCAGGGGAGAUGUGGAUUUUCCGCAGGAACUUUAUUCCAAUGCUCAUGGCAGACACCAGGAAGGAGGAGAGGAGCCGUUUGUGCAGAUCAUCUGGAAGAACCUGGACCGUUCUUGAUGGAGCUGAAUACAGUGAUCACGUUGUCCUCCUAGGAGCAGGGGUGGAGGGUGGGGGGUGGGGUACUUCUAGGAGUCCUUGGAAAAAAGUAAGAAACCAGGAGUGUUUCCAGUUCCACCCUUUCCUGCGGCACCACCUCCCUUUUUAUGUUGCUGAAUUCCAACCUCCCUGGAGGUCCUGUUUCUUAGGGACUUGGUUGCCACAGUCCAGGAGCAUUUGAAGGCACAGUGCAGGGGCUCAGAUUGGCACAGAAUUCUUUGUGAAAUAUGAGUGCCACAGACUGUAACGGAUAGCUUCGUGCACACUAUGCAUUUUAUUGGUUUGUCUGGAAAAUGUUGGCCAUUGAAUUAUUAAUAGCUUUAUUUCAAAUAGUUUGGAAAUUGUUGUACUUUUGAAAACAUGCUGUUCCUGUAGUUUUUUCAUAAGAGUUAUAGCUGUUAUAUAUAUAUAAAGAUAAUUUUCUUUUCAUUUUUAAGAGAGAAUUCUUUUUAUUCUAAACCUUUUAUUAUCUUUUAAAUUUUUUUCUGUAUUAUUAUAUGUGCUCCUGAAGCGAGCACUCUUUUUAUCUAUGAUACUUCCAUAAUAAUCUCUUCUAUUUAUAGCUAGGUAGUUCCCCUAAAUUCUGGUCAUAGAAAUUUUUAUUUGCUGUUUAGGUUUGUGACUGAAUUGUGAGAAUUCAGUUGUGAUUUUUAACAUGUCUCAGAUAUAUAUACUAACAUGUCUAAUGUAUACUAUCUAUUUUAUUGGUUUAUUUUGAAAAACAUGGGCAUGGAAUUAUUUAAAUAUUAUUUUAUUUAUUUCAAUAUGUAUUAAAUAUAUUUAUUAAAGAUAUUUAUUUAAAUAUUCUUAUUACUUUAAAUAUUAUUUUAAAUAUUUUGGAAAUACUGGUAGUUUUGAAUAGACGCUGUUUCUAUAAAGUUGUGUGAUGGGUGUUAUAACUGUUAUAUACACAUACAGAUAAUUUUGUUUUCCUUUUUAAGAGAGGAUUCUUUUUAUCCGAAAUCUUUUACCUUUCAAUCUUUGUAUCUAUUAUUACACGUGCUGCUGAAGGGAGCAUGCUUUUUAUCUAUGAUACUUAGUUAACAUAUAUAUUACAUUUAGAGCUAUGUAGUAGUUCACCUAAAUUCUUGUAAAAAUAAAUUUUUAUUUGAUAUUUAGCGUAUGUUUGAAAUAUGAGAAUGCAGAUGUAAUUUUUUACCUUGUAUUGGCAUGUUUGUAUGUUACUUUAAAGAGGAUGUGUGUUCUAAAGGAGGGCAUGAGCUGUGUGUUUUCAAGAGAACAGUGCAGUGCAUCUCUUGGGGAAACGUAAUAAAGAUGAACUUUUCUCACCUUCACA